GAACGAUGGUUUUUGAGGUUCUAACUAGACCAUCACCUUUGUUUCCUCUAUAACAUCUCUUACCAGACACCCGUCAAAUUAAGAGCUCUACAACGUUUUAUCUAAGUUACAAUACUGAAAUCUCAGAGUUAUGCCGUCUUCAAAGAACCAAGGCACUCAGGUCUCGGGAGACUCCAGCAGUAAACAAAACCACUACCAGCACUCUAUGCUGCAAGAGUUCCUUCGUGCUGAGCCAACUGUGGCCGAAAGACUCUCCCGAUUAGUCCCGCCCAAGGAAGGGGGAGAGAACGAAAAAGGACACGAUGAUAAGGCAAAGGAAGCAAUUAGGAAGUUCGAGGAUGCCUGGCGCAAUGCGAGCAAAUGAUCCACCGUUCCAGUUGCUAAAGGAUGCUUGAUAUGGGGUGGAGAUUCACUUUCAGUAAACUUAAGGCGAGGCUAGGCGGAGAAGCGUUGAAGUUAUUAUUAGAAAUCCAUGCCCGAGUUCUACCUUGGGCUAACAUAGUUUCUUUGGCAAUAUAUGUAAACUGUUAGGGAUAACUGCAAGGCUCAUAUACGGGGCAGAUUCUACACUCUUUCAGGGAGCUAGCUGUAAGCUAACCUCGCAGUGAGGAUGCUCUGCCGAUUCCGCUAGUUACUAUCAGAGGGAGUAAGUAGGUACUCAUCCUAGCAAAUCUAGCCAAAGAUAUGUGAAAGUUUAGAUGAAGUGAUAUUGUUAGGUUUGGGAAGAUGAAUAUCUAUGAAACCCCUUCUGACCCCCUAGUUGUAUUAGUGAUCAACGCGACAAUUAGGAUUAUAAUAUGAGUGCAUCUAAACCUAAAGAUAUGUAAAAUAAAGAUCCAUUCAAGUGAGUAUAGGUAAGUCAUAAUAUGUUAUUAUGUUAUUUGACAUCGCGUUUCUCAAAGGUCGGUAAUGA